AUGCCAAGAGUAUCAACAAGAUCAAAUAAAGGAGUUCAUUCACAACGAAAUAAUCAUGAACAGGAAGAAGAAGAAGAUAUCCAAAUUCAAAAUGUUAAAAAAUUAAAUAAUGGUACCAACAAUAAAAAACAAUCAACUAAAGAAGAUGAUGAUGAAGAAUUUGAACCAAAAGAAGAAAAAAAAGAAGAACAUCAAGAAGAAAAUGAUGAUGAUUUAGAAGAUGGAGAUAUAAGAUGUGGACCAUGUGGAGCAACUACUGAAAAUUAUGAUGAAGAUAAUGAUCCUCAUGGAGCAAUGGUAUUUUGUGAAAUUUGUAAAAAUUGGCAACAUUUAAAAUGUAUGGGAUUAAGAAAAAAUUCAAAAUUAGAUGAUUAUAAAUGUGAUAUAUGUUCUGGAAAUCCAAGACCUCCUUUAAGAAAAAGAAGUUCAUCUUCUGUAUCAAAUAAUGAAGAACAACCAACCAAAAAAAGAGCUACAACUAGUACAAAAAGAGCUUCUACUAAAAAAGAAUCAAACUCAAAAGCAACUGCUUCGAAUACUACUAAGAAAAAUCAAUCAAAAGAAAUAAAAGAAACUGGACCAUUUGAUUAUUUGAAAGUUCCACUUAGAAUAAGUACUGCUAAAGCAUUUUUCAAUUUUUUAAGAAGAUUAUUAUUUGCUAAAAAUGAAAUUGAAGAACCAAAACCUUCUAAUAGUAAUAAUGAUACAACUACAUCAACUGAUGAACCAUCAAAACCAGAAGAUCCAACAAAGCAAAAAUUAGAACAAGAAUUAAUCAAUAAAGCACAAAAUCUUGCAAUUAAAAUUGAAGAAAUAAUAAGUAAUAAAUUUACAAAACAAGCAUAUUCAGAUGAAGGUCGUAGAAUAUUAUUCAUUUUGAAAAAAGGUUUAGGAGAAGAAUUAAUAUCAGAUGAAUUAACAGUUGAAGAAUUAAUGAAUAAAACUCCACAAGAUUUAAAUGCUGAUAUAGUUAGAAUUGAACAACAAAAUAAAGCAAAUAUUAAAAAUAUAGUAUUAGUUGAAAAUGAUCAAACUCAAAUUGUUAGAAGAACUCAUAAGGGAGAAAUUAUUAAAGAAAAUGAAAAUAAUUUUAUAUCUCAAAUGGAUGAAAGUAUAAAUGCAAGAAAAGUUGAUCAUCGUAGAUUUUCACAAGAUAUUGAAAAUUUAAAUUCAAAAAUUAUUGAUACUAAACAUAAUGAAAAAAUUGCUUAUAAUAAUUCAAAUCCAAGAUUAGAAGAUGAUGAUUCAAGUGAUGAAGAAGUUCAAAGUGAUAUUGAUUUGGAUAGAGAUGAUGAUGAUGAAGAAGUCACAAAAAAUCAACACCACCACCAUAAUAAUAACAACCAAUCCCCACCAAUUCAUCAUGAUGAACAAGGAUCAGUAACUGAAUCAUUAAGUGAUAACCCUCAAAAUACGACACCAGAUGAAAAUAAUUUAAAGGAAUUUUUAUCAAAUGAAUCAACUAAUAAUAAUGAACAUACCACCACAACAAAAAAACCAAGUUUAUCUCCAACAUUAUCAAGUGAAUCAACAACAACAACAACUCCAAAUUUACAAAAACCACUACAGGAAUUAUGGCAAGGUUCAUUAACAUUCCCCGAUUUAGCUCAUUUCAAAGCAAAAUCUUACUAUUAUUCAUCAACAGAUUAUAUAAAUAUCCCCACCACUUCAACCUACCAAAAUUCAACCAAUAUAGCAAAAAACAUUUUCCAAGAUUUAAGAUAUACAAUCCAAGGAAAAUUAAAUAAAGAAAAAUGUGAAAAAUAUCUAAAUGAAAUAUUAACAAAAAGAAAUCUUUAUUUUAUUGAAAUAAAGCCAAAUAAUGAAUUCUACAAAGAUGAUUUGACAAAACAAACAAAAAAUCAAAAAAAUUUCGAUACUUUAUAUCAUUACCUUUUAAAAUAUAACAAAGUUGGAGUAUUAAAUAAUAAACCAAAUUUUGUAAAAGAUUCUUAUUUAAUGUCUAUUGAUUUUAGAGAUUAUAAUUUAUCAAAAAAUUUUAAAAAACAUAAAACUCUGGAAAAAAUUGGGUUAUUUGCUGUAUUUGUUGUUAGUAAAGAUUAUAAACCUACUAGUGAAAAUGCUGUGGAUGAUGAUAAUAUGGAAGAUGUAAGAAUUGGUUAUAAUUAUCCACCUAAUCCUAGUUCUUCAAGUCAAUCUAAAAAUCAAAAUUUGGAAUCUAUUUUAAGUAAUCUUAAUUAA